CUGGCUCAUCCAGUAGAGGAUGUGACUAACUACUGUAGUUCACUGAAGGUUUGAGCUCUCAACUCUCUCCAAUGGCAGUUUCAAUGGUUCCAUCUCUCUACUCGCUCAGAUUGAAUGCUGCAACGAACCACGACUCAUAUUCGUCUAGUGUUCUUCUCUUCAAUCUCCAUGCCAGACCCAACAGUUGUCGACGGCAACCAACCAUUAUCGUCUUCUCUUCAAAAACAUCUGGUAAAGUGCCAGUAAGUGAGGAGGCCAAGAGAGAGUUAUUUGAGAAAUAUGGUCUCAACCCGGACGAGUUCUUAUCCGAACCUUCUCCUAAGACUAGAAGGAGAAACGGCCAACAAAAUACAGGAAAAGGUAAGGAACUCCCACCGGAGGAUCCAAAGCCACCUCGAACCACUCAUAAACUUCUUCAGGUGCUUGGUGGAAAAGCUCGGAGAAUGAAAUUGCUCUCACCAAAGGGCAUGGAUGUAAGACCCAUGAUGGAGGUUGUGAAAGGUGCAGCCUUUGAUAUAUUGCAGGCUGCUGGUGGGUGUCCUGCUGCUCUAAGGCCUGGCCGGUGGCUGGACUUGUACAGUGGAACUGGCUCUGUUGGGAUUGAAGCUAUUAGCCGUGGAUGUUCUGAGGUGCAUUUUGUCGAGAUGGAUCCGUGGGUUGUUACAAAUGUCUUGCGUCCCAACUUGGAAUGGACAGGGUUUCUGGAUGCGUCAGUUAUUCAUACUGUUCGAGUUGAAAAAUUCUUAGAACGCACAGAGAAAUUUGUUGGUGAAAAUGCACCAUUUGACUACAUUAGUAUUACCCCACCAUAUACACAAGUUGACUACUGGGUACUGAUGAACCAAGUUUCAAACUCUGCCUUGGUCGGAGAAGAUACCUUCAUUGUAGUUGAGUAUGCACUAAGAACAGACAUGUUGGAUUCAUGCGGCAACCUCGUUAAGAUAACCGAUAGACGAUUCGGCCGAACCCACUUGGCUAUUUAUGGUCCCCAAUGGGCCCAAAAGAAGAGGAAGCCUGAAAAGUGAAUACCAACUUGGGAAGAUAGCUGUGUAGCCUUUAAUAGAAUCUCUACUAAUAUUGGAAUGUUGGAAACUAUAAUGUCACAUUUACUGGGGUGGCAUUGGAAUGGAAGGGAUUUAAAUGAAAAGUGCAAAUUCGGGAUGAGUGUCAUUAUUUGGACUGCUCUAUAAAAGGAAUCUUAAAAAUAGAAAUUCGUUAUCCAUGUAAUCAAACGAUCCCAUGUUCGGUAAUCAUAUUCCAAAUUAUGACCGAGCAUAGUUGCAGAGCCAAAUUCCUUUUUUUUUCUUUCAAUACCAAUAACGAUUCUGUUCUCCA